AUGUCUCCCUUGUCCGCCCCUAAGACAAUCGCUGGGAAGCCUGUUGGUCCCAUCGGCUAUGGCCUAAUGACCCUCACGCUGUUCGGCGACAUCACCCACGAUGAGGCGACCAAGCCAUUGAAAACCGCUUUGGAAAACGGUGCUACCUUCUGGAACGCCGGAACCUUCUACGGAUCUCCAGACGCAAAUUCUCUCCACCUCCUCAAACACUACUUUACCAAGUACCCGGAAGAUGCAUCGCGCGUUGUGCUCAGCAUCAAAGGCGCCUAUGAUGGAGCUACACAGUCACCAACUGCUAGUCCAGAGCAGAUUCGGGCAUCCGUUGACGAAUGCCUCACCUUGCUCAAUGGUCUCAAGUCCAUCGAUCUCUUUGAGCCCGCGCGCGUCGACCCCAACGUUCCUAUAGAGGAGAGUGUCAAAGCGCUUGCUGAGUUAAUUAAGGAGGGCAAAAUUGGAUCCUAUGGCCUCAGCGAGGUGAGCGCUCAAACCAUCCGUCGAGCUCAUGCCGUAUACCCUCCCGCCGCUGUCGAGAUCGAACUGAGCCUGUUUUCGCAAGGAGCUCUGGAAAAGGGAGGCGUCGUCGACACUUGCCGUGAGCUCAGCAUCCCUGUUGUCGGAUACAGCCCCCUCGACCGCGGCUGGCUGACUGGGCAGUUCAAGACUCUCGAUGAUAUCCCCAAAGACGACUUCCGCCGUUUUUACCCGCGCUUCCAGCCUGGAAACUUCGAGAAGAACGUAGAGCUAGCUGAGGCUGUUGGGAAUGUUGCCAAGAAGAAGGGGACUACCAGCGCACAAGUCGCUAUUGCUUGGGUACAGCAGCAGGGUGUUCUGCCCAUCCCCGGUUCCACCAAGGUGGAGCGUGUCAUGGAGAACACCAAGUACGUCGAGCUUACGCAAGCGGAGACUCAGGAACUUGACAAAGCUCUUAGCAAGGCCAUUGUCUCAGGCCAUCGAUACCCUGAGAUAUUCCGUGCUCAUCUGGACAGAUAG